CUUGCGGCGGCAGCCUUUGCAGGAUUUCUAUCUAUCAACGUUGCUCGCAAGCACUCAUCAAAACCGAAGAGCUUGCCGUUUCCUCCUGGACCGAAGCCAAGUGUCAUCCCGUUCGUUGGGAACAUCCCUGACAUGCCAUCGUCCCAAGAAUGGCUGACCUUCGCGGAAUGGGGUAAACAGUACGGCCCGCUUGUCAUGGUCGAAAUGCUGGGACAGAAAAUGUGUAUCAUCAACUCUGCGGAAGUUGCGUUAGAUUUGCUCGACAAGCGGUCAGCUAUCUACUCAGAGAGGCCGUCAAUGGUCAUGGUAAAGGAGUUAAUGGGAUGGGAAUUCAAUAUGGGGUUCCAGAGCUAUACGCCUACAUACAGGAAGCAUCGUGAGAACUUUACUCGCGGUUUCAGUCCCAAGGCAUCUGAGAACUACCAACACUUGCAGACCCGCGAAAUCAUUCUCUGCUUGCGGAAGUUAUUGGAGAAUCCGGAGAAGUUUGAUGAGCACCUUCGAAACACGAUUGGCGCGGUUGUUAUGAUGAUUGCUUUCGGGUAUGAGACCAAGGAGAACGACGAGUUCGUUCGGAUCGCCGAGGAGGCGCAACUUGCUAUGGUCUCCGCCGCACGUCCUGGCGCCUACAUGGUUGACGUGAUACCUAUCCUCAGAUAUGUACCAGAAUGGUUCCCCGGCGCAAAUUUUCAACGUGUCGCCCGUCGCGGAUAUGAGCUAGCGCAAGACCUUCAACAAAAGCCAUGGGUUUGGGGAAUGAAUCAAUACAAGAAGGGGGUCGCAAAACCCAGCUUCUUUACUUCUCUGAUGGAACCUGAUGGGAUCGCCGUCCAGCAUUCACCGGAGAAAAUGAAGGUGAUACAGAAAGACUGCGCAGUUUUGUAUGCCACCGCCGCCGACACCAUCCUAGCAUCAGUGCUUACGUUCUUCCUCGCUAUGCUCCAUGCUCCCGAGGUUGUCACCAAGGCUCAGGCGGAGCUCGACAAAGUGACAGGUGGCAUACGCUUGCCGACUUUCGCCGAUCGACCUGCUCUUCCCUACAUCACGGCCAUUGCAAAGGAGUCUCUUAGGUGGGAAUCGGUUAUUCCUAUGGGCGUUCCACACGUCGUCAAACAGGAUGAUGUUUACAAAGGAUACUUCAUACCGGCAGGUACCACUAUGAUACCAAACCAAUGGGGAAUGUCUCACGACGACGAGCUUUACUCCGACCCGAUGUCUUUCAGGCCAGAACGCUUCAUGCCAGGUGUUGACGGCACUCCACCUCGUGAUCCCAACACCAUCGCCUUUGGCUUCGGCCGUCGCAUUUGCCCAGGGCGGUUCCUAGCCGAGCAACAACUCUGGCUCCAGAUCGCCACAACCCUCCUCUGCUUCAACAUUCGUCGCACAUGCGACGAAGCUGGCAAUGAGAUUAUUCCGCCUCGUUUCUAUAGUAGCGGUAUGGCCAGUCGUCCCAUUCCUUUCGCCUGCCAAAUCACCCCGCGGAAUGCUGCGUACGUUGAGCUCAUAGCGCAGAGUGUGGCGGCCCUGGAUGAGUGAGAUCUUGUUUAUGUGGAACUUCUCCUGUCACAGUCUUUACUGCUACGUAUUCGCAUACUACUCGGGAACCGAUACUUUGGAACCAUUUUUACUCAGACCUAAUUUUCGCAUGCACAUAUUGAUGCUACUCUUGGAUACCGACACUCUUUAUUGGCUUUCUUCAUCCGUAUCACUUCAUAAUCAC